CCCCCUGGCGGCUGCGAAGCCAACUACAGUAUAACGUUGCCGCCGAUGACCGCGCCGACCCGCGGGUGAACUCCACCAGAAUGGACAGAAAAGCCGACAAAAACACAAAACAAUACACUGUCUAUUAACUUGACUAGGAAAACAUAUAUGUAUUAAAGUCCAAUUAAUGUAAUUUCCUGGCCGUGGGAGCGGAUUUAUAGAAAGCUUUUGAGACUCGCAGACGUGGAUGUUUCCAGCAUCCAUGUGGUGCUACCAAAAACCAGGGUUCGAAGCCCUCCUCCUGUCUGAGCUGCAGAGACAGCAACAGCGCAGCCAGUUCUGUGACACUCUGCUCAGGGCAGAAGGUGUUUCAGUGCCGGCACACAGUUGUAUUCUCUCAGCUAUCAGCCCCCGUGUAUCUUCUGCUCUGUCCUCCAUGCCGGCGCCCCCUGUAGGACAGAGUCGUCUCCUGGAGUUUCAGCCUCUCAGCUCCUGCACCUUGCUCCACAUGGUCAGACUGCUGUACUCUGGAGAGAUGGCAGGCGAGGGCGAGAAGGAGAAGCAAGAGGCUAUUUCUGCUGCAGCCAAGCUGGGCAUCCAUGGGCUGGUGGAGGUCACGAAAAGAGAUCGUAAAACCAGAAGUGGGGAAGGAGGAGGCCAGCGCAUGGAGGUGGGAGUUCAGACAGAGCCACUGAUGCUUAAGGAGAAUGAGAGGAGGCGGGGCAAGUGGAGGAGAGAGGUGAGGGAUGGGAGCACUUUUCUGUGGAAGGAGACACUGUCAGAUGAUGAAAAAGAUGUCUGGACACAGACAGAGGAGCUGCAGGUAAAAACAGCUCCCGCUACUCACUCAGAAGCCUCUUUUGAGACCACUGAUAUGGCUGCUCUCCAGGGUUUAGCACAGAUGGACUCCCAUCUUGUUCCCCCUCACAUCCCCAUAUCCCUCAUCUACCCACCAGAGGAAAACCAAACACCUCAACCUCCCUCUGAUCCUGCAGCCUCUAUGCAAGCCUCCACAGCAGCUGGACACACAUCUGUUGCUGUUGCGGCACGGCCGCACACCUCCGUCCCCCCACCUCACCUGCCUUUUCCCUCCCAAACGACCUUGUGUGCUGCUGACCUUCAGAGCUGGUCGACUGGCCCUCAAGGAGCAGCCAGAGAUGUCAUGGAGAGGGAAGAAUGUACGGAACAGCAGUUCGAGCAGUUCCAAGGCAACAUCCCGGGAUUCAUUACCUACUUCCUGAAUCUGGACAAAGAGGGGGGCUCCCGCAGGGGGCGAGCAGGGCGGAGGCGGAGGGCAGGGGCAGGAGGUGCCAGGAGAGCCGGGACGGGCAACAGAGGUGGGGGGUGA